AUGAGAAUAAGGAGGGAACUGGAGCUUUAUCUAGCCAAGGUAAGUCAUAACAAUAUUACAAAAACACUAUCACAAUUUUUCCAUGUUCACUUUUGUUUAUUGUGCAAAGAAAGACAAGUAACACUGUACUUAUUUUCUGUUUACCAGCCACCAGAAAACAGGAGCUAGAUGAUGCCCUGGCCUCCAUGAUAGUGAAGGACACACAGCCCUUCAGCAUUGUGGAGGAUGUUGGGUUUAGGGCAUUUGUGUCCAAAUUGGAUCCUACCUAUGUUAUCCCUACCAGGCAGGUAUGUAUAGGUGCAUGCAUGAAGCAAAUGUACUUAAUUGUAUGUGUCACAAUUCAAACAGAUUAAGUACUUUAUAUAUUUUCCAUUAGGCUCUGAAGGCCAUGGUGGAGGCCAAGCAUGAGGCAGCAAAGGAGAAGGCUAAGGCUAAACUUGAAAAGGUGGCUGCCGUUAGCCUAACCUCCGACAUGUGGACAUCCAUCAACAUGGAUGCCUACCUGGCUGUAACAUGCCAUUUUGUGGACGAAAGAACCAGGCUCAGCUCAGUGCUGUUGGGAGUGCAGGUAUUCCCCCAAUCACACACUGCUGAAAACAUAGCUCGUGUGAAAGCCUCCCUGAUGGAGGAAUGGGGAAUCACCAAUAAGGUAACAUGUAUGGUUACCGAUGGUGCUCCCAAUAUGGUUGCGUGUGGGAGAGAGCUGAAGCUUAGGCACCAUAUUUGCAUAGCACAUACCCUCAAUCUGAUCGUGAAGAAGGCACUUGAACAGAGCCCCGUGCUUUCUGGCAUCCGGGCUAAAGCAAGGAAGCUGGUUGGCUUCUUCAGAAGCAGCACCACUGCUAAGGUAUGGUCAUUCCCUUUAUUCCAAUUUAUUACAACAUUAAUAGUUUGUGUUCUUUCUGCAGCUAUUUAAUGGCCUACUCAUCUGUGUCUUUAAAGGAGAAGCUUACACAAGUGCAGGUUCAGCUGGGUAAGGCAACAAUGAAGCCAUUACAAGAAGUGGAAACCCGGUGGAACAGUACAUAUUUGAUGCUGCAACGUUUGGUGGAGUUGAGGGAGCCAGUUGGAGCAGCGUUAGCUGGGCUUCAACAUGACAUUCAGAUGAUCACAUGUGAUGAGUUUAACAUUGUUGGAGGGUGCCUUUCGUUGCUGUCUCCCUUUUAUUAUGCCACUGCAGAGCUGUCGGCGGAAGAAACUGUGUCUGCCUCCAAAGUUGUGCCCCUUAUGAAAAUGCUGGAGCAAAACCUUCAGGAGGAAAUGGCGAAGCCGGCACCUGCAGUGGCACUGGAAAUGGGAGACCAGCUCAUCAGGCAGCUACGGGAGAAGCUGUAUACUCUGCAAUCAAUGAGCAUAAUGUCCCUUGCAACACUCCUGGACCCCCGAUUCAAGGUCAUUGGAUUUUUUAGUCCAAACAAAGCCACUGAAGCAGUGAAGCGACUUACAUCGGAGUGUGCUGCCAUUGUAAGGCAACAACAAAGAGGAGAGGAAAUCCCCCAGGCUUCUACCUCUCAUGAUGUCACUGGAGGUAAUCUGUUACUUAACAUUUUGACAUCAUUUAUUCCUAUAAGAACACUUACUAACAUGAUCUGUGGUUUCCUCUUAGGUAGCAAAUUGUGGCAUCAUUUGGACACUAGUGUCAUGGAAGCAAGGAGGUGUCAAAAUGUAACAGCAGAUGCCACUGUGGAGGUCCAGCGGUACCUUUCUGAGCCAAACCUAGGACGACUGGAGAACCCUCUAGAGUACUGGGAGAGGCAAAAAAUUAUGUUCCCAAAUCUAUACAAACUUGCUCUUGCCUUUUUGUGCACACCAGCAUCCUCUGUGCCUUGUGAGAGGGUGUUCUCCAAGGCGGGAGAAAUUGUGUCCAAAAAAAGAAAUCGUCUAAAACCAAAAACUGUUGAAAAACUUCUGUUCCUUAAUAAAAACGAAUGAAACUUCCCCUGUCCUGUACAUACAAGUAACACAAGCAUAAUCUUUCAUAGUUCCACAAGCACUUUCACCAUCCCCUGCCUGAUUAUGCCCAUGCCAUUUCCAGAAAAACAUUGCACAAUCUGCCGUACUACAAUAUUACCAUUUUGGGAGAAUUUACACACAGAAUACAUCCAAAAUUUAUUAGACACAUAUGUGAUCAUUUAUGUUCAGAGAUUAUUUGUUCAUACAUUUUUUGUAAUUCAUAAUCAUUCCCAUCAGACAUAACAGACACAAAAAUUCAAUGCUUCACACAUUAUGUUAUUCAGAUUCAGCUGCCUGUGAUUAUAUACUUGGCCAGUAGGUGGUUUCGUGUGCAUGAAGCUUCGAGAAAUGAACCAUUUCUUGAACCAAUUGGCUCAAGUGGUUCAAUGCCUCAUGAGGCUUCAUUUCACCAUCACUAGAAGAGUCCAAUGGGAUUUAUAAAGGGUUGAGACAGGCUGUACCAUUUGGUGGAGGGGAUGUUCGAUUUUUUUUUUGGGGGUAGCCUACUUUUUAAAAGUAAAACAUCAAACACCCCCUCCACCCUAGGUCCAAAUGGUACAGCCUGUCUCACCUCCUUAUAAAUCCCAUUGGAAUCUUCCUUCUUCUGUUUGACAAACUGGACCCAAAACUUGAGGUAAGAAAAACUGAGACUUAUGCUACAAGUGUGUGUGUGUUUGAAGUAGAGUUAAAAAUAUAAACCAAAUUAACUAAAGAUUGUGACCUUUGUGGUUAGCUCCUUUGUGGCUAGCUCCUGUAAAUAACAUCAUUUUGGUACUCUAUUUUAGCUAGCAUACCAAAAUGUUUGCUCGCCCACAUGCUAAUGCUAAUGCUGCUAAUGCAGAUUUGAACUUUUAAGGCAUGCGGUGAAAACAGAGGGAUAAGGUGACACAGCUUUGCUUAGACAUACAGUUAUUCUUCACAGUGGAGUCAGAAUGAACCGACUUUAGCCUGUGAGGCCUCGCUUUAAAGGGCCAAGUGUUAGCGCCAUGGCGGUUUUAAGCUAGGUUGAAAUUGUGGCUCAAUGUAAAGCUUUAGACAGCUUCAACCUGUGGAUUAGGUUUCCAGUGCAGCUUUAAAAUAACAUAAAGAACUUUUAGUAAGAAUGUCAGCAGAGGAGAAACUUGAGUGGAAAACUGUUUAAAAAAAAAAAAGGACUUCUGUCUUCUUGAUAUGAAGUGCAGAGAGUGAAAAAUUAAGAACAGACUCACCACAGGAGUCACGCUACUUUUCAAACACACUUACUACUUCUCUAAGGAACAUGUAGAGUGUGUACGUGUGUGUCCAUGUGCAUCAAAGUAUUUCAGGAGGUGUAAGUCACCUUGAUGGUGUGCACUACCUGUGAUUUUCAUUGCUUUGGCAGACAGUCAGGUCCAACACUCAGAGAGUCGGGAGGCAUCAGUUUAGAGAGCUUUAGGCAUCUUCAUCUGAAUUUCCAAGUGUUGAAGAGGCCACAUGAUGUCAGAUGAUGUUGUUUGUGUGCGUCCUCAGCAGAGCGAGAUGGAUUAG